GCUGCCGCUGCGCCAUCAUCAGCAGCCAGCCGCUCGCAGCAGUGAAUAAUAUCCGCUGUUUACUCUCCGUUCCGUGAUCGCCUGCUAUUCUUUACACCAUCACGGAUAUCUUUGUGAGUGGUUUGUGUACCAUGGAAAACAUCAAGACAGGACUUUAGGCUGUUAGCUGGGAUUCUCUUCUGAACACAAAGCAAUGUGGAGGAAAUAAGGGUCGUGCUGUGCUUUGAAUACAGAUCAUAGAGGAUGGGCUGUGUGCAGUGUAAGGACAAAGAGGCUGCUAAGUUAACCGAGGACCGGGACACCAGCUUGUCUCAGAGCGCAGUAGGUUAUCGGUAUGGCGUCGACCCCACACCACAGCAUUACCCCAGCUUCAGCGCGGUCACUGGGGUCACCGCUAUUCCCAACUACAACAACUUCCAUGGCGCUGGGGUCACGCAGGGUGUGACAGUCUUUGGAGGGGUCAACACAUCCACACAGCAGGGAACGCUCCGCACACGAGGAGGCACAGGUGUGACUCUGUUUGUUGCUCUCUAUGAUUAUGAGGCCCGUACAGAAGACGACCUCAGUUUCAGGAAAGGCGAGAAGUUUCAAAUCAUCAACAGCACUGAAGGUGAUUGGUGGGACGCCCGUUCUCUCACUACAGGAGGAACCGGCUACAUUCCCAGCAAUUAUGUCGCCCCUGUGGACUCAAUCCAGGCUGAGGACUGGUAUUUUGGAAAGUUGGGCCGAAAGGAUGCAGAAAGGCAGCUUCUUUCUACAGGGAACCCACGUGGCACCUACCUGAUCCGUGAGAGCGAAACCACUAAAGGUGCCUUCUCUUUGUCUAUCCGGGACUGGGACGAUGUGAAGGGGGACCACGUGAAACAUUAUAAAAUCCGUAAACUGGACAGUGGAGGAUAUUACAUCACCACUAGAGCUCAGUUUGAGACGCUUCAACAGCUGGUCCAGCAUUACACGGAGCGGGCAGCGGGGCUUUGCUGUCGUUUGGUCGUCCCUUGCCACAAAGGGAUGCCAAGGCUCACUGACCUGUCUGUCAAAACCAAAGAUGUGUGGGAGAUUCCACGGGAGUCGCUGCAACUCAUUAAGCGCUUAGGCAACGGCCAGUUCGGGGAGGUUUGGAUUGGCACGUGGAAUGGCAACACUAAAGUGGCUGUGAAGACCCUCAAGCCGGGAACCAUGUCUCCAGAGUCCUUCCUGGAGGAAGCGCAGAUCAUGAAGAAAUUACGCCAUGAUAAACUAGUGCAGCUCUAUGCUGUCGUUUCUGAGGAGCCCAUCUACAUCGUCACUGAGUACAUGGGAAAAGGAAGUCUUCUAGAUUUCCUGAAGGACGGGGAGGGACGGGCACUCAAGCUGCCCAACAUCGUCGACAUGGCGGCCCAGGUGGCUGCAGGCAUGGCCUACAUCGAGCGUAUGAACUACAUUCACAGAGAUUUGCGCUCUGCUAACAUUCUGGUUGGUGAUAACCUGGUGUGUAAGAUCGCUGACUUUGGCCUGGCCCGACUCAUUGAGGACAAUGAGUACACUGCCCGACAGGGGGCAAAAUUCCCUAUUAAGUGGACGGCUCCUGAAGCAGCUCUGUAUGGGAAGUUCACCAUUAAAUCUGAUGUUUGGUCUUUUGGAAUCCUGCUUACGGAGCUGGUCACUAAAGGCAGAGUUCCAUAUCCAGGGAUGAAUAACAGAGAGGUACUGGAACAAGUGGAGCGUGGCUACCGGAUGCCGAGUCCCCAGGACUGCCCGAGCUCUCUUCACGAGCUGAUGGUUCAGUGCUGGAAGAAGGACGCAGAAGAGCGGCCCACCUUCGAGUACCUGCAGGCCUUCCUCGAGGAUUACUUCACUGCAACCGAACCUCAAUAUCAGCCCGGAGACAACAUCUAAACCCAGCCUCCUGGGCCCACCCUGAUCUCAUCCUCCCUGAGUCGUCUCAAGUGGCCUCGACUCCCUCCAGACCAGAGGCAUGUACAGCUUCAUGAGUUCACCUGAGCUCCCCUGCGGCUCCACACGCACUAGUCGCCUGAAGACUGAACCGUUUGCACAGACUUUGAGGGGUGUAAACACGAGCGAGCUGGGGAGGCCGACAGGGGGAAUUGUGGGUAAAGUUGGAAGGGGAGGAAGUGGAAAGUUGUGGCCAUAACCAUUAUAAUGAUAUGAAAUCAUGCCUGUAUUCAGUGUAAAUAUGAGAUGCUUGUUUAAGGUUUAUUUUUUAGUUUGUUUUCAUUCAGGGUUUUUUGUUUUGUUAUCCCCGCUCAUCUUUUUUGUGUUGCUUUGCAAAGAAGCAGUUUUGGCCGCGUUGAGGAACCCGUGGAACGAGUGUUGAAUUUGAGAAUGUUUGUGGUUUGUUCAUUUUCUCCUCUGCUGACGAGAUCAUGUUCCAAAUGGAGGAAUAAAAAUGCAAAGUCUUUAUUAUUCUAGUGGUUUUACCUGCAGAGGAAAUUGGUUUCUCACAAUUUCUUUAAUUUAUUUUUUGAUUGUUUUUACGUUGCUUAAGAUACUAAAUUGAAUUGACAUCCUCUCCAAAUUAUUAGAUGUUAACCUAAUGUAACAAAUCAUUAUUUUACACACAUUGUACAUUUUUGUGUUUCUAGCCAAAUGUUAAAGACUGCCAUACAUCAGCAUAUCUCCACAGAGAAAAUGCAUUGUAGGCUAUUGUCAGAAAAAAAGUAAAUAAAAAAUUGGACAUUUUUGGGGUACAACAGCAUGUCACUGGGGCAGUACCCUCAAAAGAACAACUUUGUACCUUAUCUACCUCUAAAAGGUGUGUUUUAGUAUCUUAAAGUAGUCAUAUGUACCUUUAAGGUACUACUACUGUUUAGGUCUAAGUAAUGUACAAAGUUGUCCUGCUGAGGAUUCGCUCUUGAAUUUGUUCAUGAUAUUUAGACAUGACAUUAUGGUGCCUUGGAAGCCAGUCUGAAACCAGUUUUCAGAAAUGUGGUUUGUUAAGUCAUUGACUGACUGGGCAGCGAGUAAGCAAAGCAGAUGUCUUUGGUUUCGGACACGGCCUCAUUCAAAUCAGAUCAGGUUCUAACUGGUCCCUAUCCUCAUGUGCCGUUUCUUCUGUUCUCCAUGGAGGACACUUUUAAAAUGUAUUUGUUUCAAUGUAUUUUAAUUCAUCUAGCAUAAAUCUAUAUGGAACUGUUUGGAUUUGGAUCAAGGGAACACUCCAAAGUACCAUUUCCCUCGUUGGUUUGUACAGUGCUC